AUGAGUCAAGAUGGUGUCACAGCCAGUCUUCCUGGUUGGUUCAGAGACCAGAUAUCGAUGAUCGAUGAAUUAGACGACCCAUUAGAACCAUACAUCAACUAUUUGAAAGAAUGUGAGAACUCCAAUGUUCUCAUUCAAUUGCUUGAGGACGUUACCCGUAAGUUUAAGGAUGACCAACUCUAUAGCAACGACAUCAGAUAUCUUAAACUGUGGUUACACUAUAUCAAGUUCUCAAAUUCACCAAGAAAGAUAUUUUUGUACCUACAUAAAAAGCAGAUUGGAAGCAAACUUACCCUCUUCUAUGAGAGCUUUGCAAGAUAUCUAGAAUCAGAAGGAGAAAUUAUACACGCUGAUGAAUUGUACCAGAUGGCUAUUUCAAACAACUCCAAACCUAUAAAUAGGUUGUUGAAAAGCUACACAUUGUUCAAGAACCGGCAUCAACAACUGAACGAAAGAUCGCAUCUUUUCUCUGAACCCACUCAAACCGCACAUAUAUUUGUCAAGAACCCAAAUUUGGAAUAUCCUGUACGAAAACUAAUAACAAAUAAAAAUAAGAAAGACGAGCUGUUUGAUUUCAAUUUGGACUUGAUCUACAGAGACAAUGAAGAGUUUUGUUUUGAAGAAAUUCUAGCCAUCUCCUACAACUUGUACGACUAUACAGAGAAUAAUCCACAGAAAAAUAAAGAGAAUCAAAAUCCAGCUUUUCUCCAACAGAAACUACAAGACAACCCAGAAUUACCACUAGAGCCAUCAGAGAUCCGACAAGUUAGACAUGAUAUUUUGCACAAUAAAACCCUCAUUAAACCGAUAGCUAUAUCGAGUUCACCAGAACAAAGCCCAGCAAGCUCUCCAUUUGUGGAAAAUGUCGAUUCCAGUAUGGAAGACCAAGAGCCUUUGACACAGCCACUUAUAGAAAAGAUCACAUUAAACCCAAUGAGCCCCGAUUUUCAUUCAGAGCUACUAAAGAAAUUAAACCCCCCAUUGUCACACUACUCACGGAUAUCAGUAUACCCUAAACCUCUCAAUAAACUAUCCGUAUUAACGUCAAUAUUCAGAGCUGACAAAAAUAGAAUGGUUUUGGGUAACAAGAACACAAUGUUUCAGUUUGGAGAGAAAAUGUACUGUAUCACCAAACUGCUUGGAGAAGGUGGGUAUGCUACCGUGUUUUUAGCUGAGAGUGAUCUUGGGGAACUGGUUGCCAUUAAGGUACAAAAUCCCGUAAGCUUAUGGGAGUUUUACGUAUUUAAAACUAUAGAGAAUCGGCUAGCAAGCUUAAAUCCAAAUGACAAGUUAGUCAAAUCAUUUGUGCUUUGUCAGAGCUUCCAGGUGUACCAGGAUGAAACCUAUUUGAUAAUGGAUUAUCUUAAUCAAGAUACUUUACUGGAAGUUAUCAAUGUCUAUCGAAGUUUGGGUAAAUCUGGGGUUGAUGAACAGUUAGUGCUAUUCUUAACUAUAGAACUGCUAACGUGUAUAGAGUUCCUUCAUGACAUUGGAAUAAUUCAUGGAGAUUUGAAACCAGACAAUUGCAUGGUUAGAUUUGAAAAAAUUGCUGACUCAAAGUGGAGUGAAUUUUACGACGCAACAGGAAACAAUGGCUGGUGUAAAAAGGGCAUAACAUUAAUCGAUUUUGGAAGAUCAAUUGAUAUGACACUAUUUCCGAACAAAGGGGAAAAUGUUAACUUUUUAUGUAACUGGAAAGUAGAUGAACAAGAUUGCCCUGAGAUGCGAAACGGAGAACCAUGGACCUAUCAAGCGGAUUACUUUGGUUUGGCAUCAAUCGUUCAUUUUCUACUUUUCGGUAAGUCAAUCACACUUCGUAAGGAUGAGAAUGGAAACUACCGGAUUAACGAGUCGUUCAAACGAUAUUGGCAGGUUGAUCUUUGGAAUGAAUUCUUUUUUGACUUGCUCAACUCGACAAAAGUUGGUACGAGAGUCCUUCCCAAUAAUGACAUUCUCUCCAAAAAUAAGAUCAAAUUGUGUCAUUGGUUGACCCAUCACUCUCAAGGAUUGAAGAAAUCAAUCAGUGACUUGGAACUUAUAUACAGAGAAAGGUCUAAGAAGGUUUUUAAAAGAUGA